AUCGAGUACCUGAAUUAUGUAGUACAAAUUGGUGUUUGUUUUUAAAGAUGGCUGCUAAGUUGUUGAGUUUGACUACUUUUUGGCUGAGAGUUUGGCUGUGCGCGACUGAUUUGUGUUAUGCACAGUCAACAGGCCUGACAUUCCAAGAUCUGCUGCCAGACGACCCUCGGCUGUACGACAAGAUGCGACCGCCCAAGAAGAACGACCAGCCGACCAUAGUGUUCUUCCAUGUCACUGUUAUGGGACUGGACUCCAUUGAUGAGAACUCUAUGACAUACGCCGCCGACAUUUUCUUUGCACAAACAUGGAAGGACUUCAGAUUGAAACUGCCUGAAAACAUGACUUCUGAAUACAGGCUUCUAGAAGUGGAUUGGCUGAAACACAUGUGGCGACCGGACUCAUUCUUCAAAAACGCCAAGUCCGUGACCUUUCAGACCAUGACCAUCCCCAACCACUACGUAUGGUUGUACAAGGAUAAGACUAUUCUGUACAUGGUGAAGCUGACCCUCCGGCUGUCGUGUGCCAUGAACUUCCUCAUCUAUCCGCACGACACACAGGAAUGCAAGCUGCAGAUGGAGAGCCUGUCGCACACGACAGACGACCUCAUAUUCCAAUGGGACCCCGAUGUCCCUCUGGUGGUGGACGAACACAUCGAGCUGCCGCAACUGGAGAUCGUCCACAACCGCACUGCGGAUUGCACUCAAGUCUACUCUACUGGCAAUUUCACGUGUCUGGAGGUGAUCUUUAAGCUGAAGCGGCGGCUGGGGUACCACUUGUUCAACACUUACAUACCUACUUGCCUCAUCGUAAUUAUGUCGUGGGUAUCUUUUUGGAUAAAGCCCGACGCUGCGCCAGCGCGCGUGACGCUCGGCGUGACUUCACUCCUCACUCUAUCGACACAACAUGCCAAGUCGCAAGCACAGCUACCGCCCGUGUCAUAUCUGAAGGCCGUGGACGCCUUCAUGUCCGUGUGCACUGUGUUCGUGUUCAUGGCGCUGAUGGAGUACUGUCUUGUGAACAUUGUGCUCGGCGACGGCGCAGGAAAACCAAAGGAGCCAGCCGAGGCGGCCAAAGCCCGCAUGCGCGCGAUCAACAUAGACCGUUUCUCUCGCGUCUUCUUCCCUCUUCUCUUCUCAGUCCUUAACGCUACAUACUGGAUCCACUUCGCGCAGUACAUCUGACUACCUAACUAUGACAUAUAGGUCUAUCUGUUGCACUUAUUGUUAUUGUUUGGAGCGUUGGUUAAAACAAAUGUAUGGCGGCGUUAGUGUCGAGCGUAUGUUUUGUGGCCAAGGCGUAACGGUGCAAAACUGAGUAAGUAAACGCUAUAGCGGCGGCGAUGGGAAGUAAUUAGGUACUGUAUUGUUUUAUACCUUUUAAAGACAUGUUAAAAAAGACUAAGAAAUCAAUGUAUACAGCCAAUAUAACGUGUAAAAAAGGAUAACGCAAGGCGUUUUUCGAAGUGUCUUUAAUAACUUAGUUUUUAGGGUUCCGUACCCAAAGGGUAAAAACGAAACCCUAUUACAUGCUAAGACUCCACUGUCCGUCUGUCCGUCUGUCUAUCACUACUGUCUCCAUCUCUAGAACCGUGAUAGCUCGAAGGUUGAAAUUUUCACAGAUGAUGUAUUUCUGUUGCCGCUAUAAAUAAGAACAAAUACUAAGAAGUACGGAACCCUCGAUGGGCGAGUCGACUUGACCGUACAAUCUAUUACAUUCCGGUAGCAAGCUAGAAUAGAUACAGCUAUUAAAAAUAAUCAGGCGCUUAUAGUAUUAUUUGUUUAGUUCAUUCGUUCAUAAUUACUUUUAUCUUCUAUAUGUAUAAAUGUGUGUGUCCUUAUUGACUGGCUGACUGACUGAUUCAUCAACGCAGAGCCGAAACUACAAAUGAUAUGUGGUAUUUUCUAUAAAAAGGGACCUUAUUGUCGAUGGCGCUUACGCCAUUAUAAACAUGCUCCGAUAUAAAUACAAUGCCGAGCGACGCUGUGCGGCGUAAGCGCCAUCGACAAUAAGGUCCCUUUUCAUAGAAAAUGCCCCAUAUAAAGUUAAAAUUUGCACACAAGGUUGCAUUUAUAAAGUGUACAAAGAAAUAAGAAGCGAUUUUGCGAAAUUCAUCCCCUAUGGGGCUUAAAAAGCGGAUGAAAGUUUUUAUGGCGUUCGUCUUAGUUUAAGCUAGGAAGUUGAAACUUCGUAAAAAGGUAAGUAUUAGGUAUAAAUGUAUGGGAAGAUCCGCGGAUCCGAAUCCAGAUUCGAAUUAUUAUUCCAGGCUCUUCAAUAGGCUGGUCUUCUCCACAUUGGGCUUACAAAAUGUAGCAGUUUUCUUUAUUCUUUCUAGUUAGUGUAUUAGAAAUUGCUUACAUUAAGUAUCCUACCUAAUACAUAAUAACUAAUUCUACUAUGUAGUUUCUAUCUAGAAUGUUGACACUCACAAUUACAUAAGACGUAAGAGUAGAUGCGUCACUCAAAUAAAAUAAAAAUAACCUUUUAACCGUGAUGUUUCCUAUAAGGUGCGUUGGGAUAAGAUUGAAAGGGCUUUUCAUGAGGGGUAAGCUAAGGGGUAAGGGGUAAGACAAAAAAUUGUCCGUAUGCUAAAGCAUUACGGAUGACUUUUCAUCUUACCCCUCAUGAAAACCCUUUCCUUCAAUUCAUUGUUUUUUAUUUCUCUCCUUGCACCAAUUGUAAGUGUUUCUGUUUGGCCCUAUGGUUGACUGGUAGAGAAUGCCAUUUGGCAUUAAGUCCGCCAUUUGUACAUUGUUGUAUAUAUUUUGUGCAAUAAAGUUUUAAUAAAAAAAAACCCUUUCAAUCUUACCCCAACGCACCUUACAACAAUUUAACUAAUACGCUAUUAUCCUACUUGAAAAUCGUUAAAUAUUAUUAGUAGACGCAGAUAUGCGUUAUUAGCGUUCUUGGCUCUUUUAAGGGUAGAAAGGGUUCAAUUAUUUUUUAAAUUAAGCCCAACCAAGUCUUAAAGGUCAUAUUAUAGGGACCAUCAUUUGACGCGACAGGUAUAUGGAAGACAUCCCUGAUAGGGAUAAGUUCGCCUUUGUACUAAUGUUGUGUUUUUUCCUGUUUUAUGUUUCUUUUAUGUACAAUGAAGUGUAAAAAAUAUAUAUAAAAAGAGAUUAAGAAGAAAGGGGACCGCCGUUUCUCCAUACAAACGUAGUCCCCAUUUUCCUCUUUGGAUAUUCAUAUUAUGAAAAAUAUUUUUACAUUAUUGGAUGUAUAUUAACCAUAGCUAGACCCUACGUUUGACUUUUUUGGAUAUUUUUAUUAUGGUAAAAAUUAGGAGCGAAAAACAGAUUUCAAACUAAUUUUUAUAUGCUCUUACAAUAAUUAAAAAUUCGAAAAAAAUCAAACGUAGGGGUAUAGCCGUGGUUUUAUUUUAUUUAUUUAAACUUUAUUGCACGAUAUAAAAUUGUACAAAUGGCGUACUUAAUGCGGGCGUAAUGUGGUUAAUAUAUAACAAAUUUAAUUGUCCAAAUAUUUUCAAUAAUGUUAAUAUCCAGAGAGGAAAAUGAGACGUUUGUAUGAAAAGGCGAUUUCACGCGGGUCCUCCACUUUCGUCUUAAUUAGGCAAAUCAAGAAGUGGUCGGGUUAUUUCAGUCCAUCCUAAAUAGAUAUAGUUUGUCAAAGGACUGUCUCAUUUCAAACAUAGACAGAG